GAAGCCGCUUGUGGUUUGGUUUCUUCUCCAAAUUUUCCAUUUCAUUAACGUUCAUUAAUUAGUGGAAUUGGAGCAAAGGAAGGAUUGGCCUUUCCUGUCAACCGCCACAGAAUUUUUCCGAAAUUAUUAACUUUCAUCUUUUUCGGUCUCUUUAUCGAAAGUUUUCCUUUAUUUCACUUCCUGCGGUUUUUUCAGUUUCAUUUCGUCAACAAAAAAUAGCAUACAAAUAAAGUAAAAGACACUUUAUUGUCAAUUUCCUGCGGUUAAUUUGGGGUUGGUAAAAAAUAAAUAAAAAAUAUUGCCGGACGGACACACGCGCCGUGCGGUAACAAAACUGGUCCAUGCAGAGGAAACCCACACAAAUUUGUGUCGAUUAAAAGCGGAGGAUACGAUCCGAAUGUUGGAUCAUUCUUCACAUUUUAUUCAAUAGAAUAAGCCGAAAUUUGAAAAAUAUUCGAAAUGUCUUUGAAAUUAAUUUUUGCAUCUGUCCUGAUCAUGAUGAUCUCCAAUGUGCAUGGUCAGUCGUACGUCUCAUUUUACGGGGAGCGACACUGUUCUGGCGAGCGUCGAUUCGGUGCAGAGUUGCAAUACAGUUGUCAAAACCUGCCCACGUUCUUGCUCUACAAUUGGCAGGAGCUCUCGAUGGACACGAACGGAGAGUGCGUGACCGUGUACAACGAGAGGAAUUGCGGAGGUCGAGAACUGGCCAACUUCAAUUCUGCUCGUUGUCGAAACAUAUUUGCCAUCGGACAAGUCAAGUCCUUCCGCCAAUGCUCUGGAAGAACCAACUCUGCCUUCAUUUCUGGAUAAAUGACGCGUUUAUACUGCCUCCGUCUUAACAAUAAAUAAUAAUUUACAUAAUUCUUGCAUCAGAUUUUGUUCAUUGGAAAACGAGGGAAAUAAAAACACGUCUCAAAAAAUACUGAUCAAAUUUGUAACUCAUCUCGCCUGUGAGGCGUCUCAAUUAUGGAGUCGUCUCUUGUAAAAUGUGUAUCAAAUUAGUCUUGACGGAUGGAAAACAGGGAAAGAAUGUUCCUCUCUCUCUCUCUCCAAAUUCCAGGAGUGGCCAAAAAUGCUUGAACAUCUUCCGGCUAUUUUUAUUACCUCACUUACAAAACUGCUUCAAGUGAAGUCGACACGUGUUAACGGAAGCAGUUUACUUGAGGAUCGAAGGGGUAGAAGAACGCAUGUCCUAUUUUUAACGCUGUUAUAUGUCUUUUGGGAAUUUCACUUUUUGUAGUCGGGAAUAUUUUUUUCUGGAUCCAUUACAAACAUGCCAUUGGGUGCAUACAACAUAUAACGAGCCCUCUCGCUGGAGUAUCUCGCCCCACAAUCUCGCACACAACUUUGUGUUUAAGAUUAGCCAGCCAGCCAGGAUUCUGUAAGCAUAUGAAACAUGCACUUUUUCUCCCCCACUGCAGAUCCCCCACAACCGACAAGUCUUAAAUUCUAAUCCGGAAGAAGGAAUCUAAAAGAAAUCUGGAAGAAGUUGUUGGCAGUUGACAACUGGAAGGCGCAUACGUAGUUUGGAUUUGCUCACAGAAUCGCCAAUCUUAACACUAACUACUUACCACUACUACUUUCGAAAAUAUCAUGGAGUACAAAGUGCGUCAGGAAUCACACUCUCUGCUGGAGAAGAUGUUUGCGGCCCACGCGAGGUCUGGCGUCGUCGCGCGAGAAGUGGUUCCCAAUCUCUUGAAGGAGUUCAACUCGGACAUCGAGGUCACUCCAGAUCAGUUUGGCGUGCAUGUGGCCGACAUUGGCCACGCGGUCGCAGAGGGCCUCGACUGGGACAGCUUCGAAAAGGUGAUGCUCCACUAUCUCGUCAAACAAAGUCGGAAAGAAAGCAACGAGUUUGGCCACAAGAAUGUCAUUUCGCUCCACGAUUUCGAAAACCCAUAAGUAAACGCGUCCUCAACUCUCCGUCCAUAAAUA